CAAGUUGUGAGACUUCAGUGGUCAGAUGAAACGGUGAAAGCUGGCGGGAUGACUAAGUGAAGGCUAGGCUCUGGACUGCACGCCACAAGUAAAUCUGAUUCGCUACACAUUCUGCUCCAGGAAGCUGAGCUGGAGUGACGCAACCAGUCGCUGAUGUGUGUGCUCUCAGCUGGCUAAUCUCGUGCACUCACUAGUGCAUUUACUUUAUAGUCGAACUGGAGUUGUAUAGAUUUGGAGCUGUCCUUCCAUUUACUGGUGCUGAAACUGGAUUAGCGUCAAGAGAUUAUUUCAGUCUCGGAAAACAACGGUCUUUCAUCAUCCGUUUGUACUCUGGAGGGAUUUGCCCGUGGGCUUCUUGCUCAGUUUCGUAGCUCUUUGUAACAUUUGCAUUGGAGUUUCUUGUACUUUACAUAACGUUUUGCCAUACAUGUUUACAACCCUGCAAGGCUCUGCAAAGAAGUGGUGCUAAUUACGACAGACGACCAGCGCCAACAGCACAAGACCUAUGAGGAUGUUUGUGUGGUGGCACUUAGCUUUGUCUCUUGGAAGUAUUUUCCUGGCAGCUGAAGGGAAGCCUCCUACUUGGGACAACUAUGGAAGCAAGUUGGCUCUGCCCCUUGUGAGAUUACGGCAUAAGCAAGAUGGAAGUCCAGAAGGCAUGCAGAGUAAAGGAUUUUUCUCAAUAAAUGCACACGCAGAGCCUUGUGAGAAUAAAUAUUGCGGGCUGGGUAGGCACUGUGUUGUGAACAAAGAAAGUGGAGAAGCUGAAUGUCCAUGUUUGGACCAUUGCAAACCCCAUUACAACCCUGUUUGUGGAUCGGAUGGUGAACAUUAUAAGAACCAUUGUGAACUUCACCGAACUGCUUGUGUAAAGAAGCAGAAAAUCACCAUCGCUCAUAACGAAGACUGUUUCUUCAAAGAUGACAAGUGUGAAGUUAGUGAGUACAGCAAGAUGAAAAAUAUGCUUUUGGAUAUGCAGAACAAGAAGUACUUCAAACAGGAGAACAUAAAGGAGCCUGAAGACAAAGCAUUUUUGAAAAAAAUGCUAGUCGACCAACUUUUUGAAUACUUUGAUGUUGACAAUAAUGGACUUAUAGACAGUCAUGAUCUGUCUCAGGUAAUUAAACAAGAUGGCCUUGGCAAGGAUUUGUUGGAGUGUACCUUGUUUGAUCUUUUGAAAUAUGAUGACUAUACCAGAGAUAAACAUUUGUCUUUGGAUGAGAUUUACCGAGCAUUCCAGAUCAUUCAGUUAAGUCUUCCUGAAGAUCAGAAAGUGAGCAUCACCACAGCAACCGUCGGGCAGAGUGCUGUUCUAACGUGUUCUAUUCAAGGAGCACUCAGACCUCCAAUUAUCUGGAAAAGAAAUGGCGUCAUCCUCAAUAACUUGGACUUAGAAGAUAUAAAUGACUUUGGAGAUGAUGGGUCUUUGUAUAUUACGAAGGUCACGACUACUCACAUGGGAAAUUACAGCUGCCAUGCAGAUGGUUAUGAAAAUCUUUACCAGACACAUAUUCUUCAAGUAAAUGUUCCUCCUGUCAUACGAGUCUACCCUGAGAGCCAAGCAAGGGAACCAGGUGUCACAGCCAGCCUCAGGUGUCAUGCAGAAGGGAUUCCUAACCCCCAACUUUCAUGGUUAAAGAACGGAGUUGAUAUUACAACAAAAUUGUCCAAGCAGCUGACUUUACAAGCUAAUGGCUCUGAAGUACAUAUUAGCAAUGUACGAUAUGAAGAUACAGGAGCAUAUACUUGCAUUGCAAAAAAUGAAGCUGGUGUUGAUGAGGACAUUUCUUCCCUUUUUGUUGAAGACUCUGCCCGGAAAACACUCACAAAUAUACUGUGGCGAGAAGAAGGCUUGGGAAUCGGCAACAUGUUCUAUGUUUUCUAUGAAGAUGGAAUAAAAGUGAUACAGCCAGUGGAAUGUGAAAUUCAGAGGCAUAUUAAACCAAGUGAGAAGCUAGCAGGAUCACAGGAUGAAGUCUGUCCUAUCACAGAUGGGGAUUCUGUGCAAAGCUGCAUCUGGGCAUCAGCUGUACUUGUUAAAGACAAAUAUAUAUAUGCCACACAACCCACACUGAACAGAGUUCUAAUUGUCGAUGUUCAGACGCAAAAGGCUGUACAGGUUGUGAACACAGAUCCAACCCCAGUAAAACUCCACUAUGAUAAGUCGCAUGAUCAAGUCUGGGUACUUAGCUGGGGUGACCUCGAAAAGAACUCUCCUACAUUGCAGGUGAUAACUCAAGCAAGUGGAAGCAUUUCCCAUCAUACCAUCCACACGCAGCCGGUGGGCAAGCAGUUUGAUAGAGUGGAUGAUUUCUUUAUUCCAUCCACAACCCUUAUUAUUAAUCAUAUCAGGUUUGGAUUCAUACUUCAUAAAUCAGAACCAUCUCUACAAAAGAUUGACCUUGAAACCAUGUCAUAUAUCAAGACCAUAAGCCUGAUGGACUAUAACUGUAUUCCCAAAACGUUGGCAUAUACUCACGUUGGAGGUUAUUACUUUAUUGAGUGCCAGCCAGAUACAACAGGAGCCAUAUCACCACAGCUAAUGGUAGACAGUGUAACAGACUCCAUUAUCGGAUACAAUGGUAACAUAAGUGGAAGCCCAUACAUUUCUCCAGAUGGGCAUUACCUGGUCAGCAUCGAUGAUGAGAGUGGUCUUAUGAGGGUGCAAUUUAUUACAAUCAGGGGAGACAUACAGCCAGCCUUUGACAUACAUACUAACCUCCAUAUUUCUGAUGUAGCUUUUCAGCCAUCAUUCACUGAGGCCCACCAGUAUAACGUUUAUGCCAGCUCCAGUAUGCAGACUGACGCACUUUGUGUUGACUUGUCUUCUGGUAAAGUUAGAAUGAUCAAAAGUCUUAAAGAACCAGUAAAACCUGAGGUCUGGCAUUGGAAUAGUAAGAACCGCAUUAUAGUUGACAGUGGCCUUUUUGGUCAAUAUCUGAUGACCCCCUCCAAGGAGUCCUUGUUUAUUUUAGAUGGACGGCUUAAUAUGUUAAAUUGUGAGAUAACUGAAGUGGAGAGAGGUAAUGUAGUAAUCUGGGUUGGAGAGGUCUAACUGAAAAGAUUAGGAAACCACUAGGUGAAUAGUUGAAAUUGACCCAUUGUUAUAUUGAUACUGUUUUCCUCUUUCGGUAUUCUAAACCAGCAGUCAAUGAUAACUCUUUCAGGUUCUUUAAAACAAGUAGAGACUGGUUUUAAACAUAGUCACAUUUCAAUAUUUGCUGCCGUUACAAAAUGUUAAACGAUUGACAAAACGUGCAUAGGGAUGGUGAUGUAUCCAAUCCAGGAUACUUUCAAUGAUAUGCUAGAAGCAGUUCUGUAGCUAUUACAUAAUCUAGCUUAAGCAUUUAAAGUUGCAUUGGCUGCAGAGGAUUUCAAGUUGUAUGUUAUAAUGCAUUUGAUCUAUAGAUUUUAUACUCAAUUAGGGUGAAGGGUUUGCUUCUAGUAAGGGGAAAAUCAGAGCACUUGCCAGGCUUUUAAAUUUGUGAAGUUGUACAUCAAAGUCUCAUAUGCUAAUUAAUCUUUCUGUGCCUUGAAGGAAAACCCACAGGGAGGCAAAAUAAUUUCUGUAAUUUUCCUUUUACAGCUGUGAAUUACUCGUAGUGGGAGAAAAAAAAAUGUAAACGCAUUUCCAUUGUUCAUGAUCUGUGCUAAUGGUACACAGUCUGCAAAAGGCAAGAUAAGAAAGGAAAACAAAAGCAGAAAUAAUUUACUGUACUCAGUUUUCACUUAUUCUUAAUAUGUGUUUUCUUACAGAUAUCUUAAGAGUCUGGGUUGUAUCUGUUUAUAUGCAUUUAUUCUACAAGCUGCAAAGAUUGUUACUUUAGGUAAAAUUGUAAUGACUUUUCAUUAUUUAAUAAUUGCUUAGCAAAAAUUCAAGAACAAAGAAAGAAAAUGAUUUCAUAAAUCUGCUGCUGGCAAUAUGUAUCUAUAAAACAAGUGUAACUGGCAUUUAUUUAGAAAACACACUUGGAACAACAUCAAAUUAACAAAACACCAGUACAUCAAGAAGAAAUAAAUCUGUGAGUGACUGGGAAUGGAAAACAAAUCUAUAUGACAGGUGAUAAUGCAGCAUGUUUUAUUUUGUGGUUAAAUCACGUGAAUACAUGCAGCUUGGGAUCUUUUUCAAUUUGCAUUUCAUCAUGCCACUUUUAAAAUCUGUUAAAAGCUUUGUUGUGACUAUUAAUCAGCUGUGUUGAUAUUAAUCAAUGCAUUGAUCUUACUGUUAAGCCUUUUCUGGGGCAGAAUCAGCUGAUAGUGUGGUAGCAAGUUUCAAUUAUCUUAAACUGUGAUGCACACAAAGGGCAGACAUUUGUUGGAAACAGACACAUUUGAAUAGACAAAAAUGCCUAAUUUUAAUUGACAAAAACACCUGUUUUACAUGUAAAGGUGCAGUAACACCUCAUUUCAUGCAUGCAUGGUGUUUAAUGAAACAAAAAUUUCAUUUAGUAUUGUUUAGCACAGCAAGACCUGUAAAUAAUUAUUACCUGCCAACCUAUCACUGCUAUAAAUGACAGCAAGAGGCCAGGAGUUGAGCAAUAGAAAGGUGUAAAGCAUUUUAGCCUCUAAUCUAUUUUUCAUGUAAUGGUGACACAGUUGAUUGUUUUGACACAAAGGACAAAAUUUGUUAUACGUAAAGAAAAAGAAAUUGUGGAACUUUGAUAGCAUAACAGAGACAAGAAAGAAACUUUCAAUUAUAUGUAUAAAAAUGCAGGACAGAAGAAGCAGCAAUAUUUCAAACAUACACUGAAUGCUAGAAUUAGGAGCUCUAACAUCAAUGGCCAGUUACACUUCAGGAAAAUAAAAAAUGAUCCUGUUGUCAGGAAAAUGCACUUGUAUGCCAAAAUGGGUCAGUGUAAGGGGACAUGAAAAUAUAUUGGAAUCCACUGAUUUAGCAAACUUAAACUUAUAAAAAAGAUAUAGAACACUAAACAAAACUAGGUGUUACAUGUUCCUACUGAUAACUUUUUUUGCAGCUUGUUUUUGUCAAUACCUUGACUGUAAAAAUAAUUUUUGAAGAGAAGGUAUAUUGAAGCUAUUGCAUUUGUCUAAACUAUUGUAACAUUUUAUCAUAAAAAAUAAGUAAAACUCAUCCCCAAGAUCACACAGACAUAGCAAAUGAAUGUGUUUGCUCAUAUUUCUCAUAUUUACUUACAAAUGACAAGGUGCAGUAACAGAAGGCACCAUAUCAGGGUUUGCAGAGAAACAAAGAAUGGACAGUCUAUGCAGUUUGUGUUGUGUUUCUGUAAUGUCAGGUCUUUGAUGUACUUUCAUAUUUCCAGACUUUUCCUGAUCAUUGUUUAAUGGCCCACUGAAUAUAAAUUACACUUUCUCAGCAAAUUCAUUACUGACAUUUUUUUCUGUUAACAGGAGCUCACAAAGUCAUAUGAUGGCUUCAUUUUGUUAAUGGAAAUUUGGAUAAAUAUUUUUAUAAACAUUUCUGCCAUUUGGCAUACAUUUCGCCUAAGCUGCAGCUCUGAUGCCUAGGAAUAUAACUUUUAUAGCUUUGUAAUAUCUUUAUAUAGAAUUGCCUUAGGCUGAGUGAGAGAGAACUUGUUUCAGUAGCAUAUAGUAAACUCAUGUGGCAAGUAGAUAUCAAAAGCAAAAACAAUCUAGCAGCAAAUCAAAAUGAGUUAUGCAGUUUUCCUUUAUGGCAUUGUUUUCCAUGAAUGAAAAGUACAUUAUGGACGUGUCUGAUAGGAAACCACUGGCUUUGUGUUCCUACUUAUUUGUCUGGUGUAACCUUUUCCAUGUAUAUGUCUGGUAUGUAGAACAUGAUUGACAGUUAAAGAAAAUAAAAGCCCCGACAUUUUAAAA